UCAGACUCCAGACACCUUAGUCCAACUCUGAUCUGAUUAAUGACCCCUAAGCCUCUGAACUCAUCAGCCAUCCUGAUAUCUAUCAAGGCCUGGGAGCCUCCCCUGCUGCCGGCUGCCUUGUCAAUGGGAUUCUCAUCUAUGCAGGCCCAGGGCCUGUCUCUCUUCCUGCCCCCUUGUUCUCUUCACCCUCCUUUCCCUGCACACUGUGUGCGGAGCCAGCUGUGCCCAGAAGGCUUUGCAGAGGGAGCCCCAGAAGAGCUGUUCUGGGAUUGCCCAGGGCUCCAGCCAUGUCCUCUCCCCAGUGGACACCAGGGCCGGGCUCGAAGAGGGAACCUCUGGGGUGAAUCCAGCAGAUCCCGGCCCCGGGUGCCAGUCAUUUACACCAGUGCACAGCGGGAAGGACGAACCAGGAGGUUUGAUGGGCUGAGGCCCCCAUCUCUGGCCUCUGCCCUACAGGGGAGAAUCCCCACCCCUCCAGCCAGUGUAACCACAGGAAACGGGGCCCACACAUUGCUGGAAAGAGCAGUUAUGGGAGAGACCUGUCUCAGGGCACAGCCAAGAUGGAACAAGGAAAGAGAAAGAACCGGGCCAGCUCUGAAGUCAGUAGAACUGCCCCCUGACACCAGCCAGUGGGUCUCCCCUCUAAGGCAGAGCCUGCUGCUGGCAUCUCCCUGGACCUGUCUGGAAAAUGGAGUGCCUGUCCUGUGAAAAAUGUGGAAAACAAAUGUCCCAAAUCAGGACAAAAAAGCCAAAAAUUAACGUUCUGUGGGAACUGAAAUCUGGGGGAAAGACCUGUGUUGGGUCAGGCGAGACGUCUCCUUGCAAUGCACUGACGGGUAUUUUGUUUCAGUUUUGGCCCCUUUGUUAUUUUAAACAAUUUUUAUCUCACACAAAGUAAAUGCUGCAGUGAU